AUGGAUCUUGCUAAUAAGAAAUAUGGUGAUUCUUUUACACAUAAAGAAAUGGAAAGUGUAAAAACAUUUCUUUGCAUUUUAGCUAUAAUGUUAGCAAUAUUGAAUUUCUUUAUGCUGGUAUGUCAAGUUUUAGCUCACUUGUGUUUAUUUGAGUUCCUGUGCAGUCAAGCUCCUUUUGGUAUGCUUGGCAUGAUCAUUGGACUGUUCUUGUUUUUUGAUGGUAUUUCUUUUGAUAUUGGCUCAAUGAUAGUUUUUACAUUUCAGUAUAUCUUUCCUUUAAAAACUUGUACUUCAUGGUUCACCAUCAUAUUUGUUGUCAUUGCUGUGGUUGGGGUCAGAGAUGCUGAUCUUGGACUACGCACUGUAAUAGAGGAGCAUUGGGAACAGAAAAUUAUCAGGAAUAAUUCUUUUACUGAUGACAGUGAUGAUACCUCGAGUCUUUGGCACGGCAGUGUCUUCAGAGAGAUGAUUGAAAUCACCCAAUGGAGAGCAAGAAUUGGACUGUGGAACUGCUGUACGGGUGCCGUAUUCAAUAAGCUUUCUUUUGGAAAGCGGCAGGCAUCCUUAUCAAAAACGGCCGCCCCACCAAAAGCUUCAAAGCUAAAGGCAAAGGAAACCAUGGCCACUUCUGUUGAUGAAAUGAUGCUAAAGUUUUUUUCUAUUUGUUAUCAGGGAAUCAUCUUGUCUCUCUUUGCAUUUGUAUCAAGAUUCUUAAUAGGUCUUGUUGGUUUUUGCCAUUUUCAGCCUCAGCAAGUACAAUUACCUAGAGCUACAUUACAUUCCCCUAGUGCUACGAAUCAGUUGCAAUUGUUAUUGGGAGCUGUGAGGUUGAGCUUCAUUCUCUGUGUGUUUUUGUGCCUCGGCCUUAUCCUGUUGUCAGGAGAUGUUGAGCUUAAUCCUGGCCCCACUAUUGAUGAUAAACCUGAUUUAUCUCUGUUACUCGAAUGGCUGGAACCACUUCAUGACUGGCAGUCAUUUGGUCUCCUUUUACCUGGAGUAACACAGCAAGAUAUCACAACAAUUGAAGAAUUUGACACUUCCACAAUAAUUCAAGGAAAAAUAGGCCUUUUUUCUAAAUGGUUGAUCAACUAUCCUGAAGCAAAAUGGAAAGAUAUACUCAAUGCAUUGUCCAAAAAAGAGGAACACAAGCUAGUAGAGACUAUUGAAAACCAUUUAUAUG